AAGCGUACCCCUUUUGAGAAACAAUAUUUUCUGAAUAGAGACAAAUCAUCCCCAAGACAUUUUCUCCUCACAACAAAAAAUGAAUCGUAACACAUAGCCAAAAGCAAAAAAUAAAAACAAAACAAAACCAAGUGUCUUAUUAGAUAUGCUCCAAAAUUUCAAUGACACAAAAAAAAUGAAUGGUUGUUGUAUGAAGUAAAACAAGGUUUAGCCACAAGCUUCUCUUAUCCAAAAACCAGCUUGUGUGACCCCAGUGGUUUAACAUUUCUAAAUAUUGCAGCUAGCUAUAGCUCACACCAUCAUCGUCUACUCACUUCAUGAACAUAGCCACACCCAUAUUCCUCCAAGCAUGAAUGACAGAGUAGACAAGUUGGUCAUCUUUCUAGCAAAGAGAGAUGGUAUUGACAAGCUUGUGAAGACCUUUCAAUAUGUGUCAAAGCUUGUAAACUGGCACGUGGAAGCCACUAAUCCUGCCAUGGCAAAGAGGUUCAAGCAAUGGGAAGUGGCCUCAGGCCUUAGCAGGAAAGCCUUCAGAACUGGAAGGUUUCUCACUGGGUUCAAUGUUCUUAGGAGAAAUCCAGGUUCUACCCUUUCUUUAAGGCUACUAGCAGUGCUUGCUAAUGCAGGAGAAAUGGUCUAUUUCUUCUUUGACCACUUUCUUUGGUUAGCAAGAAUUGGCACCUUGGAUGCUAGCUUAGCAAAGAAGAUGAGCUUCAUAUCCGCAUUUGGUGAGUCUGUGGGUUAUGUUUUCUUCAUUAUAGCUGAUUUCAUUGUGUUGAGAGAAGGAUUAAAGGAAGAGAGAAAGCUGAGAAGCUCUAAGGAAAAAUCAGUGGAAGAAGAGAAAGGGAUUCAGAAGAUAAGGGGUGAUAGAAUAAUGAGGCUAAUGGCAGUGGCAGCUAAUGUUGCAGAUUUGUUCAUAGCUAUAGCGGAGAUUGAACCAAACCCCUUCUGCAAUCACACUGUUACUCUUGGUAUUAGUGGGUUGGUUUCUGCUUGGGCUGGUUGGUAUAGAAAUUGGCCUUCAUAAAACUUUUUCCAAGAGCAUACUGUAAUUUUUUACGUCUAAUUAUUUAUGCUUAAUUAAUAUUUCAAUCGUGUCUUCCUCAUAAACUC